AGGCACUUCCCUACCUAGAGGUAGUAAGAUGUAUUCAAUUUCCUGGCGGAAGACGCAUCCAUCCACCUUGUCUGUGCCUGUUCCUGUGCCUGAACAGUUAAAUCUAGGUACAAAUCUACCAGGAGGUCCUGGUGACAUACUCCCGCUAGUACCUAAUCAAGUGGCUUCGUUCUGCACGUGCACACCCUCAAUACGUGAGGUUGAAGUUAACGGACGGCAGCAGUACUUACCCAAGAAAGUAAGUGCUUUUGCCCGCUUCAUAGUGGGGUGGUACAGUUGCCGGUACUCCGGGGUACUACGGGGUACUACGGAAUACCUGCCCCUCCAUCCUCACAUCCUCCACCCUAGUCCACCCCUCACUGCGUGCGCUUGCCCGGCAUCCUCCCUUGCCUGAUUGGAUUGACGCAUUCUCUCACCUUUUCUCGUCUCCUCUGCAUUGAUGUGACGAGAAUCACCUAUAAGAACUCUCUCCUUCCCCGCCUCAUUCGACUUCCCUUUCAAUUUCCUAGCAUACCUCACCACAAAUCUUCCUUUCACAUCCAAUUGACCUUGCUCAUUCCGCCAUAUCCUUUGCUCUAUACACAUCCCGCGUCCUCUAUCACCAUGGCUAAGAAAGCUGUUCAUUUCGGCGCUGGCAACAUUGGCCGAGGCUUCGUUGCCUGCUUUCUCCACGAGGCCGGCUACCAGGUCGUCUUCGCUGAUGUCGUAGAUGCCCUCGUCGACUCUCUCAAUAAGCAGCCUUCUUACAACGUCGUCGAGCUAGGUACUCAUGGUACUACCCAGAAGACUAUCACAAACUAUAUCGCCGUCAACUCUCGCACAGACGAGGCCAAGCUAAUCGAUGAGAUUGCUUCUGCCGACAUCGUGACCUGCUCUGUUGGUCCUAGAAUCCUCCAGUUCAUCGCUCCCGUCAUUGCCAAGGGUGUUGCCAAGCGUACCCUCGAACAGACCCCCCUCGCUGUCAUCGCCUGCGAGAACAUGAUCAACAAUACCUCCAACUUGGCUGGUCACAUCAAGGACCCCAAAAACACGCCUGCCGAGAGCUUGGCCGACCAUGACAAGAAGACUGUCUACGCCAACUCGGCUGUUGACCGCAUCGUCCCCGACAAGAAGGGCGAGCCUACCCUUGAUGUUCAACUUGAACUCUUCUACGAGUGGGUCGUUGAGACGACCCCAUUCACCAACUCUGGCGUCACCAAGCCUGAGAUUCCGGCUAUCCACUGGGUCGACAACCUCGACCCCUACAUCGAGCGCAAGCUGUACACAGUCAACACUUCUCACGCCACGGCCGCGUACUACGGUUACAACCGUGGUAAGGCCACCAUUCAUGAGGCCAUGGCCGACCCCAGCAUCCGAGAAUCAGUUGCUGCUGCCAUCUCCGAAACCGCCGCCUUUAUCGUCAAGAAGCACGGCGUCUCUAAGGAUGAACAGGAUGCGUACAAGAACAAGAUUCUUGACAGGAUCAGCAACCCUAAUCUCGAUGACUCUGUCAAGCGUGUAGGCCGUGAGCCGCUGAGGAAGCUUGGACGUCGCGAGCGACUCAUCGGACCCGCGGCUUCGCUUGCCGAGGAGGGUAUGGAGACUUCAGCACUGUUGGCAGCUGCUGAGAUGGCGUUCCGUUUCCAAAAUGUGGAUGGUGAUAAUGAGAGCAAGGAACUGGCCAAGAUAAUGUCUGAGAAGAGUGCCGACGAAGUGGUCAGCCAAGUCUCUGGCCUCGAAACCACGCACCCACUUUACUCCAAAGUCAAGGCCGUAGUGGAGAAGGUACAGGCGGAUAGCCGUGAUUGACAGGUAUCCCGAGGAGAGGUGUCUGGUUCGGAAUCCGGACCUGGUUUUUCCACGAAGUUAUGAUAUGUUAGCGGGCGCGCUCGGGUUUUCUUUUGAGGGACUAAUAUAAGGAACAAAACGGCGUUUAGCAAUGAUAUCGGGAGGGCAUCAAUGGGCGCAAGGGAUUCGCGCAAUAUGCCUAGGCAUGAUGAGUUGGCACAAGCCUGAGCUGCGUUAUAUUGUCCUCGUGAUCGUACACUGCAUUUCCACUACAAUACAAGUGAUAGAGGAUCGUGUGCAAUUAGACGAUAAAGAGUGGCCUAUACUAGAAGAUCGCUUCACCAUUACCUAUCUGCUUAUUUCUUUGAAUGGACCGUGACGCCCCAUAUGUACCGAUGAUCGUAGCGGAGGGCAAACUGUGUUGUUUUGUCGGCCAUUGUGCUGUAACACGUAUAUGCAACCACUAGUACGUAG